GUUGAAUUCAUCUCUAUAUCAAACCAUAUACUUGCGUUGGCGUUGAUAAAUCGUGUUGCACAGAAUCCAUUCUUCAGCACACUGAAUCAACUUGCAGCUCGGCAGAGCGAAUUAACCCGUCGGGUCUUUUUUUCACAACCCCAUCGCCCGCUUUCCCGACUGUACUUCUAUCCAGCCGUUCCCUCUCCCCUCUUUCUAGGACUUGGUUGUAAAGUCCCUCUCGAACAAUAUCUCUCUCUUGAAACUCGAUACUCAACAAUAUACUCACAAUGGCUGCCACUCGUCGUCCGCUCUCCUGCGGCAUCUACGCCCCCACCAUGACCUUCUUCGACGCUGAGACGGAGGAGCUCGACAUUGCCACAAUCAAGAAGCACGCGGCCAACCUCGUCCGUGCCGGCCUCGUUGGUCUUGUUACCAUGGGCUCCAACGGCGAGGCUGUCCAUUGCACACGCGAAGAAAAGUGUGCCGUCACAAAGGCCACUCGCGAGGCCCUCGACGAAGCCGGCUUCCAGUCUACACCCAUCAUCAUUGGUGCUACGGAAGGCAGUGUCAAGGGCACCAUUGAGCUCUGCAAGCUCGCUAGCGAAUCUGGUGCCGACUACGCUCUCGUUCUGCCCCCCUCUUACUACCGCGCUCAAGUCGACGAGGAAUCCAUCUACAACUACUUCACAGCUGUUGCCGACAGCAGUCCGAUCCCCAUCAUCCUCUACAACUACCCUGGUGCCGUUGCUGGCGUCGACAUGGACAGUGACUUGAUCAUCAAGCUUGGCCAGCACGCCAACAUUGUCGGCACUAAGUUCACCUGUGGCAACACCGGCAAGCUUACCCGCGUUGCUCUCGGCACCAAUGCCAAGAACCCCUUCCACGAGGGCUCGGGAUACAUGGCCUUUGGCGGUAUGUGCGAUUUUGAGCUGCAGACAAUCAUCAGUGGUGGUGCUGGCAUCAUUGCCGGUGGUGCCAAUGUCAUGCCUAAGCUAUGCACCAAGGUCUGGAACUUGUACGUGGAGGGCAAGAAGGAUGAGGCCGAGGCGCUGCAGAAGGUUCUCAGCAAGGGCGAUUGGCCUCUUACAAAAUCUGCCAUUGCUGGCACCAAGCAGGCCAUUCAGACAUACUACGGCUACGGUGGAUACCCUCGCCGUCCCUUAAAGCGUCUUGAUGAAGCCAGAGUGGCCGCUAUUGCAGAGGGUAUCAAGGAGGCCAUGGAGGUUGAAAAGUCUCUUUAAAUAGAAUUGAAAUUUUCAUGCUAGCUACCGUUUUAAGAAAACACAAUAAGAAGAUGAAUAUAAUGAUCAGAAAAUUUUGAAUUAUCCAC